AUGCUGCUGCUGGCGAGAUGUCUACUGGCCCUGCUCAUCUCCUCACUGCUGCUGUGCUCCGGGCUGGCGUGCGGACCGGGCAGGGGGUUCGGGAAGAGGCGGCACCCCAAAAAGCUGACCCCUUUAGCCUACAAGCAGUUCAUCCCCAACGUGGCCGAGAAGACCCUGGGGGCCAGUGGAAGAUACGAAGGGAAGAUCUCGCGAAACUCGGAGCGGUUCAAGGAGCUCACCCCCAAUUACAACCCCGACAUAAUAUUUAAGGACGAGGAGAACACGGGAGCGGACCGGCUGAUGACUCAGAGGUGUAAGGACAAGUUAAACGCCUUGGCCAUCUCGGUGAUGAACCAGUGGCCAGGAGUGAAGCUCCGGGUGACGGAGGGCUGGGACGAGGACGGCCACCACUCUGAGGAGUCGCUGCACUACGAGGGCCGCGCCGUGGACAUCACCACGUCAGACCGGGACCGCAGCAAGUACGGCAUGCUGGCGCGCCUGGCCGUGGAGGCCGGCUUCGACUGGGUGUACUACGAGUCCAAAGCACACAUCCACUGCUCUGUGAAAGCAGAGAACUCGGUGGCGGUCAAGUCCGGCGGCUGCUUCCCGGGCUCGGCCACGGUGCACCUGGAGCAGGGCGGCACCAAGCUGGUGAAGGACCUGCGCCCCGGCGACCGCGUGCUGGCGGCCGACGACCAGGGCCGGCUGCUCUACAGCGACUUCCUCGCCUUCCUGGACCGCGACGACGGCGCCAGGAAGCUCUUCUACGUGAUCGAGACGCGGGAGCCGCGCGAGCGCCUGCUGCUCACGGCCGCGCACCUGCUCUUCGUGGCGCCGCCGCACAACGCCUCGGGCGCGGGCCGGCCGCCGGGGGGCGCGCCGGGGCGCCGCGCGCUCUUCGCCAGCCGCGUGCGGCCGGGCCAGCGCGUGUACGUGGUGGCGGGGCGCGGCGGGGGCCGCCGGCUGCUGCCCGCCGCCGUGCACAGCGUGACGCUGCGCGAGGAGGCCACGGGCGCGUACGCGCCGCUCACGGCGCAGGGCACCAUCCUCAUCAACCGGGUGCUGGCGUCGUGCUACGCCGUCAUCGAGGAGCACAGCUGGGCGCACUGGGCCUUCGCGCCCUUCCGCCUGGCGCACGCGCUGCUGGCCGCGCUGGCGCCCGUGCGCGCGCUCCGCGGCGGCGACGGCGGCGGCGGGGGCGGCGGCCGCGAACCCCAGCCCGAGCCCGGGGCGCCCGGGGCCGCGGGCGUCCACUGGUACUCGCAGCUGCUCUACCAAAUAGGCACCUGGCUGCUGGACAGCGAGGCCCUGCACCCGCUGGGCAUGGCGGUCAAGUCCAGCUGA